AUAUUUCUAUCGUAAUAUUUGAUGUCACGUGUUAUUGCCGACAAGUAUCUAGCCUUAUUUUAAAUGAAAAUUUAGAAAAUAUCUUCAAGAGUAAACCACGAUCAAGUUUUGUGUCAACAAAUACAUGGAUGAAUUUAAUUCGCUCGGUCCCAAGGAGUUUAUUUUCUACGCUAGAUGUAAGACGUUGGCAAAAUAAUGCAAUCGAAUUUGCCUCCUGCUCCGCAGGAGCAUUUUGCAUUCGCGAAGUAUCGUCGAUAAGACAGGUUACUUCCUCGAGGUGGUUUGUAUCGGCAAAACUUCAGUUACUCAGUAUCGGUAAUAUUGUAAACUAUUUUAUCGACAGUGACAAUGGUUCAGGGUUUCGUGAAACGAAUGUAAGAGCGCCACAGUCGCACGCAUCUCCCCGUGACACAUCUUUCCGUCCCUCUCCCACGGGUUUUCACGGGCCAAGGUGCAUCUGUGAUGGUGCGUGGUCUGACCGUGAGUCGUGUGUGCGCCAAAUCCAUCGAUUAACGGGAACACAAAAUAAGAUGCAACGUCGUCUCGCCGUUCGCCGCGCGUCUGGCCGUGUCGAGGAGCUGACGAUACCGAGUGUUGUCGCGAGCAGGAUCGUCGGACGUUAAGGGACGUUAUGGGAAGAUGGUGAGACAGCUCGGUCUCCUCGGCCACUGGCAACAUGGGUUCGCAAACACUGGAGAUCCUGAGACAAGGCGUCUGGGCGAGCCUGACGGGCGGCUGGUUUUACGAUCCUCAUCUCGAUGUUUUCUCCAACACCUUCCACCUGUACAUCUGGCUGUUCCUGCUCUGCCUGCCGUUCACUAUCUACUUGUAUUUUCCUCCUACGUUAUAUGUUUGGUUGGCGUAUUGCUCGUCGUUUGUCGCCGUUUUUGGAACAAUAAAGUGUAUGAAUCAUGCUCUACACUGUGUAUAUGAUACAACAGAGUGUUUGGAAGAAUCAAAUCAAACCAUCAGUCAGCAAAAAUCUGAGAGCGAGAAGAAACGAGCAGGUCAUAAUAAAUCCAGAGAACAGUCACAAGAUCAGAUGGGUCAUGGCAUAGAACUGCAAGUUUUGAAUGGUAAAACAGAUACACCACCUGUAGAAUGUUCAUCACGUAAUUCAUUCAUAGAACCAAAUAUACAGAAUGCUGAUGCAGACAGUAUAACAUCGGAAUAUAAUCGGGAUAAACCUAGUUCGACCAUAGAUUUAAAGGUAGAAAUACAUAGAAAAAACAGUUCGGAAAGUUCGGAAGAGGCGCAGCAACUUAAUAAACCAAUGGUGACUAGCAUUAAUGUGCAUGAAGCUGAACUAGUUUCCGCACAAUAUCAUGAGCCACGUUUUAAGAAUAUUAUAAAUGAAUGGAAAUUGUUACGACAAAAGUGUGUAGUAAUAGCGGAGGAGGAUCGACCAGGACCGCGUAAGUUAUGUCGACAUGCGCCUGAGGAUUCCAGAAAUCGACAUCCUAAGCAAAGCAGCCUCGGAAAAACUGGAUCGGAGAGCCAAAUAAAACAAACCAGCUCGUUGGAAUUGGAACAUCCUGGUGAUGAUUAUCCAUAUUGGAAAUCUAAUCAAAGCGUUCGCAGACUCAAUUCCAAUUCUAUACCAAUGGAACCACAUCUGAUGAAUGACCAUCCACAGAGUUUAGAAAUCAUAUCGAAAAAAGGAGAUACAGACAACAAUAAGAUCUCGUCUCAUCCGCAAUCGUUAGAGGUCAUUAACAAAAAACCGCAUCAACAACUGAUACAUCCACAAAGUCUUGAAACAAUUGGUGCUACUAGUAAAAAUAUAAAUAAUACUGAUGACAACAAUUUGCCUCUUCAUCCCCAAAGUCUUGAGACGAUCAAUUCCAAGAAGGUUUUACCGCAAAAUACAUUGAAGAGAAAUCAACUACAACUCUUACCAUAUCAUAGUUAUGGAUCUGAAAUAGUACAUCCAAUAGCUGAACAGAGCGAUGAACAAUUUGCCAAUGAAAGUUCGGGAGGAUUUAGUCUGCGAGAUUCUUAUAGUCCAUUACUUACGCGAAAAAACAUAACCGAUACGAACGCUACAUCUAAUAGAGACAGAAGUCUCAGUGCUGGCAGAUUCGAAGAUAGAUUCUCGAGGUUUAACGAUGACAAUGGAAUAGACAACAACUCAGCAAAUUCUCGAGAUGCUUUACUCGAUGAAUCAAAAUCCGGCGUGAAAAGAAGAUACAGUAAUGCUAGCCAAAGUAGCCAUGAAUUUUCAGAUGGUGAAAAAAAUAAAGAGAAACGGCUGGAUAAAUCCAAGAACGCGGAAGAUCCUCUCAAUUCAGGAAGCGUAGUCGGAAUAGAUUGGUUGUUCGAGAGUGGAGAUUAUCCAGUGGAACCAUGGACGAGUAAGAAUCUUCACACUAAAGAGCCCGAUUCGGGAUCGUCCAGUACAACGACUCUCAGCAUCGAGAAUGAGGUGAAGCGAAAAUUGCUACCGCAACUAGAAGUGGAUAAUGCCGUCAAGCGUCAUCAAGGAGCUAUCCCCAAGCAAAGCCGUCCAAAACCUGCCGCGUCGGACGCUACAGACGACAAUAUCGUGUCGAGCGUCGAGCAUCCGGGAGAAAAUCUCAAACGUUAUCUCGAAGUAAGACGGGAGAAGGCUAGAAGGCGAGGUGGCAAAUUCGAGCAAACUAGCGGUUCGAAUAAUGAACUGAGCACGCUGUUACCAAAUCCAGCACCACCGUUGUUAGCCGCGUUACUAAACAAUUCCGGCCGGGAUUUGCCCGGCCAAUCGAGCGCCGCAUCAUCUGAUCUACGAUUAAGUCGUAGCUCCGAAAAUCGAAAUUCUCGGAGCAGAUAUGGACGAUUAAAACAUCCUCGUGCUCAUCGUGGACCUCGCAGCAUCGCCAAUCGCGACGAUAACGUUGUACCGUUGACCGCGUUAUUUGGUUUAAUCUCGAGCGGUGAGUAUCACUUGGCCACUAAUCAAAAUGAUACUUCGGAAGGAGCUGUGCAUUACUUUCGCGACGAUAAUGGUCGCUGGCUAGCUUACACAUUUGACGAAAAGGGCUCGGACGUGACUGCCGCGACGGCGAUGACACAAAUGCCCGCCAAUCCGCAUAAUGAAAAAUUGUUAAAUACUCUACUGCGACAACAACUCAAUCAGAAUAUACACUACGACGCUACGAACUGGGAACUCGCUGAUUCGCUUAGCAAUAGUUAUAGCAGCCUAUCGCUCAACUCUGCCGGAUUGACGGUGAUAAUUGACACACCACCCGUACUAUCAAGUCCAGCCAGCAAUCAGACCAAGACACAGAGCUCACCGCCCUCGAAUCUGAUUUCCUCAAAUACUGGCAGCUCGAAUCAAUACACGCUCGGCGAAAAUUCGGAGCGCGAACACUUUCAUCAUACGCUAAUCGCGCGCUCGGACUCGAUGGCCGACAGAAAUCGAAGGUUGAAUUUGCAGAAUUUGCUGAGCAACAUGAACCAGUAUCAAUCGGAUCCUAAUAACCGUAUGCCCGUACUAACAUUGCCACAUCGGGAACCCGACAUAGACACAAGUUUGUCAUGGAAUCGUUUCGUCGACGGCUUGGACGGCUCUGACGGCUCCAAACCCAAGCAAACCAGACAUUACUAUAAGUGGAAAAUUGGCAGGCUGCCGCAUAUCAAAGUGCGCUUCGAUCGUCUCGCCCUGUUAGCUCUGCUCGAUCGCAAUUUGACUGUGUUCGAGACCAUCGUAUCCACAUUCCUGGCAGGUGCGGUCGCAGGACUGGGCCUUUUAUUGCUUCAACAAGGUUUUUAUCGGGACAUAUUUGCAUUUAUAUUUUGCUUUGUGACGGCUGGCUGCCAGUACUCGCUACUCAAAUCGGUCCAGCCUGAUGCCGCAUCGCCCACGCACGGCUUCAAUCGUAUUAUAGUGUUCUCCAGGCCUGCUUACUACAUCUUGUGCUCGAGUUUGAUUCUGAUCUUCAACGAGAUACUGAGGAACUUUAAAUCGUCUGACUUUCGCGUGUACGGACUACGUGUCGCCGAUUACGAUCUUAUACUGCAAGUGCGAAACAUUCUGCUAAUAUUUCUGCUGUGCUUUCCAAUUGUGUUCUCCUUAGGAUUAUUUCCACAGAUCAAUACGUUCCUCAUGUACGUCUGCGAACAUUUGGACAUUCAUUUAUUCGGUGGCAAUGCGACCACUAGUCUGGUGUCGUCGUUGUAUUGUUUAUGCCGCAGCUUAAUCGCCGUCCUUAUCCUUUAUGGAUUUGCCUAUGGUGCCCUCCUCGAACCCAAAUCCUCACAACAUAUUUUAUUCUCCAUAUUCGUCGGUCUGCUCGUCGCGAUAUCUUAUCAUCUGAGCCGAUCGUCCUCCGAUCCAACCGUGAUAUGGGAUAUCCUCAAGGCGAAUCUGUGGCCGUUGGAGAUAGGAGACAGAUACGCAGAGGAGAAGGAAGCGAAGAUUAUCGAGAAUACAUCAUCGCAACGCGACAACGUGGCUGCAAGCUACAAGGAGGCCAAAAGUAAGAUGUCUGGUAGGAAGAAAGAUGUGAAGAUCAAAGUGGGCGAACAAAUGUCGGACACCGAACUAGUAGAUCCGUUACCAGAAAAACUCCGUUCGACCGUAAACUCCAGACUGAAGAACGACGUAAUCGUAUGCGCGGUAAUCGGCACUCUGUCUUUCGGUAUUCAUCGUACGACGGUAUUUACUGCCCUACAACCAGAACUUAAUCCAGUAUUAUGUAGCAUCGUCAGCUGCCUAGGCUUUCUUCUGCAUUACAUCGUGCCGCAAUUGCGCAAACAGCUGCCAUGGCUGUGUCUGUCGAGACCAGUAUUGCGCAGCCACGAACACGCGCAAUUCGAAGUGCGGGAGCCAGUGAGAAUUAUGUGGUUCGAAAAAGCAUACGUAUGCCUGUGCUUUCUCGAACGGAACAUUCUUUAUCCGGUCGUCUUCCUGGGCGCGCUCACCGACUGUUCAUCGAAGAUUGCAGACAAGUUUGGCGAGAGUGUGGGUGCGCUCAUUGUCGUCAUGUGCGGUCUCAAGUCCCUCAGAUCGGCGUACUCGGACCCGUCCACUCGCUACCUCGUCCUAGUCUUCGCGGUGCUAUUCUUCCAGCUAGACUUUAGUAAUUUGAGCGAAACCUUCCUGAUGGACUAUUUUGUUACGGGGAUCGCGUUCGCCAAGAUCUACGAACUGCUGCUCAAGAUACGCUUCGUCGUCACGUACAUCGCGCCCUGGCAAAUCACCUGGGGCAGUGCAUUCCACGCGUUCGCCCAGCCCUUCUCCGUGCCGCAUUCGGCGAUGCUCUUCCUCCAGGCCGGCAUCUCAGCGAUGCUCAGCACGCCUCUGAAUCCAUUGCUAGGCAGCGCGAUCUUUAUAUCAUCGUACGUGCGACCCGUCAAGUUCUGGGAGAGAGACUACAAGACCAGGAGAGUGGAUCAUUCGAACACGCGAAUGUCCUCGCAUUUGGAGCGCAAUCUGGGCGCCGAUGAUAACAACCUGAACUCGAUAUUUUAUGAACAACUUACGCGCUCUCUCCAGCACAGUCUUUGCGGCGACCUCGCGCUCGGUCGAUGGGGAAAUGUGGAACAAGGAGACUGCUUUCUGCUCGCUUCAGAUUAUUUGAACUGCUUGGUGCACAUAGUUCAAUUGGGUAAUGGAUUGGUGACAUUUCAGCUUAGGGGUCUCGAGUUCCGAGGAACAUAUUGCCAGCAAAGAGAGGUAGAAGCGAUCUCGGAGGGUAUCGAAGACAACGACAACUGCUGCUGCUGCGAAAUGGGUCACCUAUCAAACGUACUUAGCGUGAAUGCCGCUUUCAGUCAACGUUGGCUUGCUUGGGAAGUUGCGAGCGCCAAAUAUGUGCUCGAGGGAUACUCGAUCUCCGACAAUUCGGCGGGGUCUAUGCUACAAGUGUUCGAGUUUCGCAAAGUGUUGGUUACUUACUACGUUAAGAGUAUCGUCUUCUACGCCGUGAAGUCAUCCAAGUUGAAACAAUGGCUGGAAAAUCCAGAUAUUGUCGAUGCGCUCAAACCAACACUCGAUAAGAACUUUGUUGAUCUCGAUCCUGUUUUUAACGUGAAUAUCGAUGAAGAUUUUGACUUCCGAGCAAGCGGUAUCACGCGGAACAGCUUCUGCAAUGUUUAUCUCGACUGGAUACAAUAUUGCGCUGGUAAACAAGAUAAGUCACUGGAUAGAACACGUGAUUCAUAUCUUGUGUCUCUGUGCCUCUCAUUGAGUCUGUUGGGAAGACGCGUUUUAGGCGCUGCAUCUCACAACACAUUAUCGGGUGUUGAGUUUUUUCUCUACGGGUUACACGCGUUAUUUAAAGGAGAUUUUCGGAUAACAUCAGUUCGCGACGAAUGGGUAUUACACGAUGUCGAUUUAUUGCGCAGCGUGGUCGCUAAGGGAAUAAGGAUGGCCUUGAAACUACAUCAAGAUCACUUUAUGAGCCCGGAACAAUACAUCGAAUCAUCAGCGCUCUUCGAAGCUAUUGACAAUCAUGAUCAAAAUCUUGUUAUUAGUCACGAGGCAGAUCCGCUUUGGAGGAACGCAGUCUUAAGUGGCGCGCCCAGCCUUCUGGCACUCAGACAUGUACUAGAUGACGGUAUAGAUGAAUACAAAGUGAUAAUGCUUAACAAACGUUACCUGAGCUUCCGAGUAAUCAAAAUGAAUCGCGAAUGCGUCCGCGGACUUUGGGCUGGCCAACAGCAAGAAUUGGUAUAUCUGAGAAAUAGAAAUCCAGAGCGCGGCUCUAUACAAAACGCCAAGCAAGCACUGAGAAAUAUAAUCAAUAGUUCCUGCGACCAACCGAUUGGAUAUCCGAUUUAUGUCUCCCCGUUGACAACCAGCUAUGCCGAGACCAACGAACAAUUAUGCUCGAUAAUUGGAGGGCCAUUGACUUUUGGUACCAUAAAAAGCACCGUGUUGAAAUUGUGGAGAAGAAUAAGAAGGAGAUGUGGUCAAGGUUGUUCUUCGGGUGGUACUGGUUCUCAAGACGAUGGAGGUUUCGGGAAUGACGGAGUAUAUGCGAUGACUACUUACAACAUACACUCUGGCUAUGCUCAAUCGGGUCAUAAUACUUCUGGUUCGCAAUCGAUGGAAUCUGGCUGUCAGAUCGGCGGCUCGACCGGUCGAGGAUCUCUCGGUCGUGCGAAUACGGGUUCUCUUGGUGGUAACAGAGGCUCGCUCGCCUCCGUUGGGAAACCAACCAGUUCGACGCUCGCCAGUCUGGCCGGAUUGCUUAGUAAUAGCGAUAUCAAAACAGAAACAAAGAGCGAGACAAGCUUCUCUAGCAAGCUUGAAAAAGAGGAAGUUUUUCAAAGAGUACGAAUUAUGGAUCCUAAUCAAGUAUACGACGCGAUCAAUUUGGGUCGGCGUAUAGAUGUGAUUUGGCCGGACGAGAGGAUGCGACAACAAGGUGGUCGUUCCGGCUGGCAACAUUGGGUACCCGAAAGAGGUAUGGAGGGUUGCGUAGUUCAUCGUUGGUCGCCGAAUCAUCGCGAUCCUAAUCGACGAUCGCAUGUCGAUAAGGUCAUUCUACUCGUGAAGAUCGAAGAUAAAUACGUGCCGAUAGCUGAACAAGGCGUACGAGAUUUAGGAGCAGAGGUUUAGUAAAAUAUUUUCGAAAUUAGUGCAAUAACAUGCGAUCAUUGUGGUUUUUGUACUCAUUAGCACGAUCGCUCUUAGAUAUGCAGAUGCGCGAUAGCGCAUGCAUAUUUAACAACUAGAAAUCUUCACAUAAGAAUCUCUAAACGCUAUUAAAUUCCAACGAUGGCAGCAUUUGGCAUUAUAUAGAGUUUAUUAGUGUUUCUUCGUUUCAUAAGAAAACAAUUAGUUGUUGAUUUUUCUCGUGUAUUUAAUGUAAUUUAAUCCAAGAAUUUUUAAUGAAAAUGUUUUUGUAAAUCGUAAUCGGAGAACAUCACAAAUUAUUAACAUUAAUAUAAACUGGAAACCUAAGAGAAAUAGUCGCAUGUAUAUAGUAUAAAUUAUUUUUUAUUGUGUAAUUACUUUUAUGAAAACAUACUUUUCUUCGAAAACGUAUAGCCAAGACUCUUACUUGAGGGUUUCUAGUAUCAACGACGAAAGUGUAAAAUAAUGCGAACAAAUGUAUCAUAUUGACGAUGUUGAAUACUAGUUUCGUACUUCCACAAAGUCAAUACUCGCCAUUAGGACAUAAAUUGAAGAAUUCAACGAUUUACUUAAUAUAUUAUAUAAAACGUUUAACUUAUCUCCAUUGACAAGUUUCAUUAUAACAUUGCAAUAUCUAGCUCU